UAAUGUCCCGUCACGUUGCGUCACCGCGAGCCCACUCCCGCUCACAGGUCGGGAGUUUGCACUUCUUGCGAGUUUCCAGGGCGUAUGCGGUCGGCGCGGUGGUCCUGUCGUGAUGUGUGUAGAUUACGCUUCUCUCCUUCGGGAUUGACACAGAGAAAGAGAAGAAAAGAUCGCCCGAAUGAGCCCCAAUUUUGUGUCCCGCGGGAGGUUCAGUCCCGCGGCUUUCAGGUGAGAGACGGUCUAUGAGGAGUCUACAAAUCGCCUUGUAUGUAGCAAAAUACAGUUGAGCUCUUCAUGGAGCAGCGGCAGUGUACCAUUGAUCAGCAUUUUCGAGUAAGGAAGCGAAAACAUGCAAGUCCUGAGAAAUCUUCUGGCUUUAAGGUAAACAGAGAUGUUUUGUACGAGGAAAGAUUGGACGAAUCUCCGAUAAAGAAAGGGAGCUUGGAAAGUUUUGUAGUAAUUUCAAAGAGAAGAGAUAGCCUUGGAGCCGGUCAUGUGCCAGUCUCGCAACCAGUUAAAAUCUCCAAUAAGGGGCUCAUCUCUACGGCUGGAGUAUCGGAAACUGGAGAAGGUUUUAUCGGUCUCGUUUCUCCUGAUAGCAGGAUCUCUCCAACUGCACAUGGCCCUCUUAAGUAUGAUGAAUCAACUGGCGUACCUAAAGUGGAAGGUAAAAGCCAUGGAGUCCGAUUCAGAAAAGGAGUUGGCGAACUAGAUGCAGCCAAAUUGGCUGCAGGGAAUGCUUCGUUUGAAGUCUGUAAUGGGGUUGCUCUAAAUUACGGAGAGAGGAGAGCAUCCUCGCCUGGUAUCGGCGCAGUUUAUCGUAGAAGGAAGCAAAAAGCGGAACCCGAAAUAGACGACUCGGAAGCUCCUCAACUUACUCAGUUUGCCAGUGAUUUCCUCUCUAACUUCUUCAGCGUGGUAACUUCAGCCGAUCCCCCGAAAUCUGAAACCCCUAGUGCCCAAAACUUCUCGAGAAAAAGGAAGGAAAGGCUUGAAUUGGACGAUGCCACUACCGAGAAGAAGCCUUGUCAUUACUCAAGGUUGUCGGAGGGAGGUCAAAACCUGCACUGUGAGGAGGAAACUGAAAGUAUAGCUGAACAGCUAUUGAUAACAAGGAUUGGCAGCAGUGAUGAGGACUCUGAAGAGCAGCAGAGUACAAGACUACUUGAAGGUGGUGAAGUCUCUGAGGAAUUUUUGUCAUUAACAGACAGUCAGUCUGUCUGCGCAUCACCAAUUGAAUUGAAAACUGGAUCUGAGACGAGAGUAAGGGGAACACCUCCCGAUUUGGUUCUGACGGAAGUAUUAUCCUUAGAACGUGGACAUGAAGCAAAAGCGUGUGACGAGGUUGGAAAUUCGUCGGGCAGCAAAGUGAACACCCCCGCUGUGAACUUAAAGGCUAAUUUCCAACCAAACAGCCUUGAAGGUAGACGUUUGCACACUCCACAAACCUUACUGAAAGGUCCGAGCCAUUUGAAUGCAAGUGGAGGAGUCUAUCGCAGCUCCCUUUUUUCUCCGGGUGACGAUUUCUGGGACGAAGCCAUAGAGGUUGCCGGGUCGUUACUUGCUUCGAAGAUUGUCGUUGCCGCCAGUACUCCCAGCCAAAGGGGUCUUUGUAGUCAGGUUCAAGAAGGCGAAUUUCAGGACAAGAAAACUGGAAGCAGUGGUAUUAUUCUGUCAUCCAAGGCUGGUGUAGAGUGUGAUAAGGUGUUAGCCACAGCAAAGCUGACUGUAUUGGAUGCUGCGGACGUUGAAACUCGACAUGCUGCAAAUUCCAACAUACAUGACAAGCUGCGGAUGUUGACAGAAGCAAAAGAUACAUCUGCUGUUUCGAAGGUAAAUGGGACGUCAGUUUCCAAAGUCCCAGAACAGGUAAAAGAUUUGAAGCUACAUACCAGAUCCUUUGAGGGCUUUUCGAAAACAGUAAAGGACGGAAGAGUUGGUGGCUGGCUUAAGCAUUUGGGUGCAAAGGCAGCAUCUCCUCUACCAGUACGGCAUUUUGACUUCUCUGGAAGCAAAGAAAUACACGACUUGGAAGAUUUUCCUGCCCCCUACAAAGAGGUCGAAGGUGUAGCUCAGAUAGCAUUCAAUGACAGGCCUCUUGGACUCAAUGACGAACAGAAGAUUGCUCCAUUGGAAUAUUGUCAAGAUAUUCCAAUGGUGGAGGACCAUGUUGGCCCUGGAGAUGUAAGAUUGGAUACUAAGGUAGAAAAUGGCAGUAAAUCUCUUAAAAGAUCAAACAGAAGUUCACACUUGUACAUAUCCGAGGAGGCUCAGAGGCAAGACAAUGUACAUAUUCUUGCACCGUCAGAGCGAUCAGAUCGGAGACCCGUUACAACGACCCCUGAGUCCUCGUUUGGACGCGCACUUCAGGAAAAAAGCAUGGAGCUCAAUGCUUGGCUCCCUCAGGAAGUGGCAAAUGUUUAUGCUAAGAAGGGUCUCAAGCAUCUGUACCCCUGGCAAAUGGAGUGCCUGCAAAUAGAUGGCGUUUUGGAAGGGAAAAACCUCAUAUACAGCGCUUCCACAAGUGCCGGCAAAAGUCUCGUUGCGGAGCUGUUGAUGAUCAAGCGAAUAAUAGCAACAGGAAGGAUAGCCUUGUUUGUUCUGCCAUUUGUUUCAAUCUGCAGCGAGAAGGCUGAGCAUUUGGAGGCUGUAAUGGAACCUCUUGGCAAGCGGGUCGGCUGCUACUUCGGGACACAAGGAAGUGCCACUCUGCCAAGAGAUACAUCGAUUGCUGUUUGUACCAUAGAGAAAGCAAACUCUCUUGUAAACAAACUGCUUGAAGAAGGCCGUCUCCCGGAAAUCGCCAUGAUAGUGAUCGAUGAGCUUCAUAUGGUUGGAGAUCGAGAGCGGGGCUAUCUUUUGGAGUUACUCUUGACGAAGAUCCGGUUUGCCUGCGGAGAGAUUGACAAUAUACACGAUGGGAGUCAAGAAGGCGUGGCUGUCAGAAGUUCUCCAUUUCAGAGAAACUCCAAGGGUGACUUAAGAACAGACUUACAGAUUGUGGGGAUGAGCGCAACAAUGCCAAACAUCGCAGCAGUUUCUCACUGGCUACAGGCUUCACUGUAUGUGACUGACUUUCGGCCAGUGCCCCUGGAGGAGUAUCUAAAAGUGGGCAGUGCUUUGUACAACAAAAACAUGGAAAUAGUACGGCACAUUCGCAAAGGAGCUGAUUUUGGAGGAAAAGAUCCGGAUCAUGUCGUUGAAUUGUGUCAUGAGGUUGUAAGUGAGGGAAACUCUGUACUGGUCUUCUGCUCUAGUCGCAAAGCAUGUGAGACAUCUGCUCUGCAUAUUGCAAAGUUUUUACCUCCUUUUUCGCCGGCCCAACGAGGAGCUUCAAAUGGCUUCACUUCUGGUGCUGAAGCUGUGGAAGAGCUGCGGAAGUCUGCAUCUGGCUUGGACCCAGUUCUUGCCAUAACCUUACCAGCAGGGGUAGCAUAUCACCAUGCGGGCCUCACGAUGGAAGAGCGGGAGGUGGUCGAGCAGUGCUUCAAACAAGGCGUGGUACGCGUGCUUACAGCAACGUCUACACUUGCAGCAGGGGUGAACCUACCAGCCAGAAGGGUUAUUUUUCGACAGCCUAAAGUUGGUAGAGAUUUUUUGGACGGAACGAGAUAUCGACAAAUGGCAGGACGAGCAGGACGUGCUGGUAUCGACACCAAAGGAGAAAGUGUAUUAAUUUGCAAGCCUGAAGAAGUGAAACGGAUGACCAACGUUAUUACCUCAGGCUGUGAACCUCUGCACUCCUGUCUUACUAAUGACAAGAUCGGAAUGAUGCGAGCUUUGCUGGAAGUUGUGGCUGGUGGAAUGGUGCAGACACCCCAGGACGUUCAUCGCUACGUUCGUUGCACACUUCUCAACUCCACAGAAUCCUUUGACCAUGUUGUGAAAGGUGUGCAGGAUGCCCUACGUUGGCUUUGUUCUAAAAAGUUCCUGGAAUGGUGUUCCGAGACAGAGAUGUACAGCACCACACCUCUAGGACGAGCUGCGUUUGGUAGCUCUCUGACUCCAGAGGAGUCUUUGAUCGUUUUUGAAGAUUUAGCCAAAGCUAGAGAGGGCUUUGUCUUAGCAUCAGAUCUUCAUCUAGUAUAUCAAGUGACUCCAAUUUAUGUGGAACUGGAGCCGGAUUGGUCGCUCUUCUAUUCAAAAUUUGUAGAGCUUUCACAUCUUGAGCAGGCGGUUGGCAACAGAGUGGGAGUCAUGGAGCCAUUUCUUAUGCGAAUGGCGCAUGGGGCCCCUGUGCAGUCAGGGAGCCGCUUAAAAGGAAGCGGGAAAAGUCCCAAAGCUCGAGUUGGCCUGAUUUCUCCUCAUAACUACGGAGGCAGGCAAUUGUCAAUGGACAACGUGCUACGUGUGUGCAGGCGCUUCUAUGUUGCUUUGAUGCUCUCAAAGCUUGUGCAGGAACUGCCGUUGAUGGAGGUAUCUGAUUCCUUUAAAGUGCCCAGAGGAACAGUGCAAGCCCUUCAAGCCAGUGCUGGAAGAUUUGCCGCUAUGGUGUCUGGAUUUUGUCAGAGACUCGGUUGGCACGAUUUGGAAGGCUUGGUCUCAAAGUUUCAGAGUCGUGUCUCCUUUGGAGUAAAAUCUGAAAUUGUUGAGCUGACUGAGAUACCUUUUGUGAAGGGAUCCAGAGCUCGGGGGUUAUAUAAGGCAGGCCUACGUACAAUUCAGGCUGUUGCGGAAGCCUCUAUGCCCGAGUUGGUGAAGGCUUUAAUUGACGCCACUCCCUGGGUUGCUCAAGAUGAAUCGAGAAGGAUGGUGCAGCAACGAGUCUUGAAAGGUUUAGCUCGAAAAAUCAAGUACGGAGCCCAGCGCAUAGUUGUUGAUCGAGCGGAGGAAGCUAGAAUUGCGGCUUUUUCGGCAAUGCGAGCUCUUGGUGUCGAUGUCCCUUCUCUGUCAGUUCCUGUGAAGAUGGUUGCACCCUCAAACGUUGAUGAAGAUGAAGUUCGUGAUGAGGCUGAAACUGAGCGCAGUCAUCCCCCACCUCAAGUUCAACCUGUUGCGGAUGGGGAUCAAGGUAACGGGAACUUGCAGAUAUCAGGCAGCGUCAGUGUAGUAGGAGCUCAAACUCUACGUCGAGAUGGGAUUGGUUCUCAACUAGCUGCGCCUGUCGAUGUCGACUUAAGCAUCAAAAAGAUGCUUGCGCAGGACAACAAAGAAAAAGAAGGAACAUGUAUUGACAUGGAGGAUACUAUAUCCAUAAAGAAAACUAUGCUGUCCACAGCAAAUGUUGAACCUGUAAUUCAGAAGUUCAAGGAAACUGUUUUCAUGGAUGCAUCGAGUCGCCCUUUUGGAGGAGCCGACAUAUUCAAAGAACGAAGCCCAAAGAAGGCUUCUGAUGAACCGCAAAUCGCCACUGGCAAAGUCCUUAGCGGUCCUGUAGAUGUAGAUAAAAUGGAUGGCGGUUUCGACCGUUUUUUUCAAACAUGGUUGGGAGUCGAGGAGUUUGUCUUCGAUCUUAAUUAUAAGAAUCACAGUACAGAUUCCUUAGAAGAGGAAUUUGAAAUAGUAGGAAUAGCUAUUUGCUGGGAAGGUUCUCCCGUUUAUUAUGUACAUUUGUCGGAUAUCGUGCCUAAUAAUAGUUUAAACGACGGGACAAGUGCUUUCCAGAGAGGUGAGACAACCAAAAUAGGGAUGCAAACAGAAAUGCAUAUGAUACGUUGGGACAAAGUUGGCAGUAUGCUCUGUAGAAAUAGUUUACGAAAGAUCACUUGGAACUUGAAGGACCAGUUUAGAGCUCUCCAAAGUCCUGUAGUUUCAGCUGCUGCAGAAAAAGUCGACAGUUUAAGAGUUGCGACGGUCUUUGGAAACAAGUUAGGAGACUGUGAGUUCUUUAAAAUGCCUCCACUGAAAUUACUUGAACCAUAUUUUGAUGUUCGAAUUGCUGCCUGGCUUCUAUGGCCGGACGAAGAAAGCAGUCACACCCUCACACUGGAACAGGAGGUGAAGAAAAGAUUAUCGGGUGAGGUGGCAGCCAUAGCUAGCAGAGCUGGAAGAUGGUCAAACCAGAUGGGAAGAGUUUCCCACAAUGGUUGUUGUCGUCGUGCCGCGCAGACCCGGGCUCUACAUUCUGCCUUGUGGAAACUUCUAGUUUCAGAAGGCCUGAAUCAUCCUUUAUCGAUGAUCGAGAUGCCCCUCGUUAGGGUGCUUGCAGCCAUGGAAACGUCAGGCGUAGGGAUAGAUAUGGAUGCCUGUUCCCGCACUCGCCAGGUUCUCGAGGAACGACUCAAGGAGCUUGAGGCUAGAGCACAUCAUUUGGCGGGAAAAGCGUUUUCUCUAUCUUUGCCUGCGGAUGUAGCGAAUGUGUUGUAUAAGCAUCUAAAGUUGCCUGUACCUGCGGGCUGCCCUGCUGGAAAGCACCAUCCAAGUACUAACAAACACGCCCUGGAGCUCCUAAAAGAACAGCAUCCAGUUGCAGCUGUUAUUCAAGAGCACAGAAAACUUUCAAAGUUGUUACACAGCACCCUUGGUAGUAUAAUCACUUGGGCAAAAUCUCCUCAUACGUUGGGAAGCUCAGGUCAUGUCCACCAAAUAUUUGGGCGCUGGCUUCACACAUCCACUGCAACAGGGAGGCUUGCGAUGGAGGAGCCAAAUCUUCAGUGUGUUGAGAAUACUAUAUGCCUUAUCGAAGACCAAGGGUUUCAACCGUCUAUAGAUGGAGCGACAAACUCACCCGUAGAAAUCAAGGCUCGCGAGUUGUUUGUUCCAACACAGGGAUGGGUACUCCUCUCUGCGGACUACUCGCAAAUUGAAGUUCGACUUAUGGCCCACUUUGCAGAGGAUGCUGCAAUGAUAGAUCUCUUAAGUAGACCAUCCGGAGAUUUGUUCCGGUUAAUUGCAGCACAGUGGACAGGGCAAGAGGAAGAUACCGUGAGUAUCAAACAAAGAGAGCAAACGAAGCGCUUGGUCUAUGGAAUUCUGUAUGGAAUGGGUGUUCACACGUUGGCUGAACAUCUUGACGCCAGCGUAGCAGAAGCCUCCGUGUACUUAGAUCGGUUUAAAGCUGCGUUUCCUGGAUUAUCCGCUUGGCUAAAUCAAGCCCUCAUCAACUGCCGGCAAAAAGGGUAUGUGGUGACACUCGGCGGAAGGAAACGUUUUCUGGAGAAGAUCAACACGGGUUCUUACUCUGAGCAGGCACGAGCUGGACGGCAAAGUGCCAACACAAUUUGUCAGGGGUCUGCAGCAGAUCUCAUAAAGAUGGCCAUGAUCAAAUUGCAUUCUGCUAUAUAUGGAGAUGAAGCGUCUUCAUGCAUAAAGAAGUCCAAUACAGCAGAAGGAAAUCCGUCGGACAUCAAGGGGCGAUGUCGAUUACUUUUACAGAUUCACGACGAGCUAGUCCUGGAGGUGGAAAGAACGGCUCUGAAAGAAGUGAGUGAAGUAGUACGCUCAUGCAUGGAAGGGGUCGUCAAGCUUAAAGUUCCCUUGCGAGUGAAGAUUCAGGUCGGCAGCAAUUGGGGGGCUUUGAAACCCUUGGAGAUAUGAUUCGAAGAUCCUCCGUCAAGAAAUUAUUCCAUAUCACAUUCUUUAGUUAUCAAUUGACACCAGUCGAGGUAGUCAGCUGUACAAUAAAUUGGGACCGCUGCCGUUGGAAAGUAUCUUGUAAAAUGACCGAAAGAUAGAGGACCUUUCCCUUCAAAUUACGGGAUGGGGCAAAUGGGGUGUCUCCCCACUAGUUAGUCCAAUUGUGACCACCUUGUGAAUUCCAGUUCAAAAUGGAAUUCCUCAUGGUAAUAAAAGUUCAUAAGCCGAUCUA